AUGGAUAUCCAAACAUCAAGUGCUGUUCUGUGGACAUGCUUAAAAGCUGCAGCCAUCUGGAUCAUUUCAAUGCUCUUGGCAGUCCCUGAAGCCGUGUUUUCUGAAGUGGCACACAUCAAUGGGUCAGACAAUGUCAGCUUCACAGCUUGUAUUCCAUACCCACAAAAUGAUGAGAUGCAUCCCAAGAUCCAUGCAGUGCUAAUUUUUUUGGUUUACUAUCUUGUUCCACUUACUAUUAUCAGUAUUUACUACUAUCAUAUUGCAAGGACUUUAAUUAAGAGUGCUCACAACAUACCUGGGGAAUACAGUGAGCAUUCUAAGAGGCAGAUGGAAACAAGAAAGCGUCUUGCAAAAAUUGUCCUAGUAUUUGUUGGCUGCUUUGCUCUUUGCUGGUUCCCAAACCAUGUGUUAUAUAUGUAUCGCUCCUUUAACUAUAAUGAAAUUGAUCCUUCUUUGGCCCAUAUGAUUAUCACCUUAGUAGCACGUGUCUUGAGUUUUUCUAAUUCUUGUGUCAACCCUUUUGCGCUCUACCUGCUGAGCGAAAGCUUUAGGAGACAUUUUAACAGUCAACUUUGUUGCCGGAGAAAGAGACGUCGGGAGAGAUCAACUAGUUAUCUACUCAAUUCAUCAGCUGUUCGAAUGACCUCUAUAAAGAGCAAUGUUAAGAAUACAGUAACUAGUACUACACUCCUCAAUGGUCAAAGUCGUCAGGAGGUAUCCUUGUGA